AUGUCGACAAAGCAACGCUACAUUCAACAGAAGAUUUUAUCAUCCUCUCAGAACUCUAGCACCGAGAUCUGUUAUGAUCAAAUGGAAAAGCGCACCGUUGUACUUAAAAAAUUUCCGAAAAAUGUAAAACCACUCGAUCGCUUCUUAGAAGAGGUUAAUGCUCAAGCAUUUAUCUCCAGUACCGGCGUCAUACAGACAUAUUCUGCUUUUGAGGAAAAUGACAAUUAUGUCUUAGUGAUGGAAGCCGGAAAAACCAAUUUGAUGGACAUAAUUAAACACGGUUGCCUUUCUGAAACGCUAGUUAAGAGCUUAUUACCAAAUGUUCUUGUCGGAUUAAAAGAUCUACACUCGAAUCACAUCGUCCACAAUGAUGUCAAGCCAGAAAACAUAGUCCUCUGCCUUGAUGGUAAGAUGAAAAUUAUAGAUUUCGAUUUAGCGACAAUCCAUGAUAAAGAAAAAUGUAAUUAUGAACACGGAGUUUUCGGAACAUGGCCAUAUAUGUCACCAGAAGUUGUUGACGGAGGCGACCACACAGAAAAGGUCGACGUUUGGUCCAUGGGAGUUGUCAUGUAUGUUGCUUUGACAGGUGUUUUACCAUUUAAAGCACCGAACCAAACAACCUACUUAGAUAAUGUCAAGCAGCAACCAUUUAAUAAGAUAUUACUUGAGAAAGUUCAUUGUUCUCGUCAAUUAAUUGAUCUAAUUUCAACAAUGCUCACAAAGGAUCCUGCAAAACGCCCUACGAUUAGCCAGUGCUUGAAGCAUGAAUGGUUCAAUUCGUAUUAA